AUGGGUAAGCCAGCCGACUUUGCCGACAUACUCAAUGGAGUCAUGUGGUUUCAGGUGGUUAUCGGAACUGUCUUUGUGGCCCUACGACUGUACACACGGCAGUACAUUGUGAGGAAUUUCGGAUGGGAUGAUGUGCUGAUGAUAGUCAAUCUGAUCACUUUCGUAGGCUAUGUCGGCUGCAUAUCCGUUGGUGUUACACAUGGCGUUGGGAAAAAGACAGCAGAUAUUAUACGUCUCGAACUCGAUUACUCCAAGUCCAUCAUGUGGGAAGCCAUCGGCCAGGGUAUCUGUAUCAUGGGAAUCGCUGCGUCCAAAGGCUCUGUGGCAAUCUUUCUCCUGCGCAUCGUCAUGAAGAGGUGGCAUGUCGCCAUCCUCUGGUUCUGCAUCAUAACCACGGCUAUACUGUGUACUAUCACCACCACUCUGCUGUACACCCAGUGCAUACCAUCUGCAUUUCUGUGGGACCGAACAAUCAAGGGUGGCUACUGCUGGCUGAAUUUUACCCAAGUUGGUCUGACAAUGGGUGCGUGGUCCGCAUCCAUGGACUUCGUUCUCGCUAUCCUCCCUUGGCAUGUAAUCAUGGGGCUCAACAUGAAGCGCAAGGAGAAAAUCACCAUCGCAUGCGGUCUUUCGCUGGGCGUUGUCGCGGGCGCAUGUUCCAUCGUCCGCACCAUCGAACUGCAGUCCCUCUCCUCGAUGGAAAACUAUGUGUACGACACCGCCAGCAUGCUCCUUUGGUCUUCUUCCGAAGUCUGUCUCACCAUCAUUUGUGCCUGCAUUCCUGUCCUUCGUCCACUUUACGUCCGCGCCGUAUACGGUUCCCAAGGCGACUCGUCUGCCAAGAACUCGUACCCACUCAAGGGAUACUUGAAGUCGAAGAGCAGCCGCGGCGAAAACGACAGCCCCCCAAACACCAUGAAGAUAUAUAUGGGUCCUGGUGGGAGUUUGCUGCAGACCACAGUUGCAAUGGGAAGCGAUAACGCGAGCGAGGAGAUGAUAUUGCGAGGAUCCAUCGAGCAGAGGUAUAUUGCAGAGAACAUGGCGCAAGCCAAGCCGGAAUCUAAAGAAAAGAAGGAUAUCAAAGUCACUACCACACUCACGUCGAGAGAUGAUUUUGUGUAAACCCGACAGUCUGUAGAUAUACACGACACGGCCAAUAUAGUCCUAAAUUUCAAGAUAUGAUUUCACAAAGACG